CUUUUCCAUAUUUAUCUCUUACAUAUAUAAUUCAUAUAUGUGGGUUGUAUGUGAAUAAAAUAUCAUUUAUCAUGAGCAAUAUUCCGAGGUCUCUCACAGACUCUUCCCUCACCCUCUUCAAGCUCGCCAUUUCCGCCUCUGAUCCUUGGCCUUUUUCUCUCGUUUUCUUAUAACCCAAACAAGGGAAAAUUCUUUCUUUCUUUCUUUUUCUUUUUAAAUUUUUUAAUUGAUUUUUUUUUUUGGGGGGUGUGUGAUAAAUCAAUGACGAUUAGUGCUAGCGAGCAAGACAAACACCACCACAUGAUCAUGAACUUUCACCUGCAAAUCCCUCACAUUCACCUUCAUCAUCAUCAUCAUCAUCAACAUCAUGAUCAGAAGAAGGAUCAUCACCAUCAUCAAGAACUGAAGGGCAUCCCAAAGGGGUGCUUGGCGGUUAUGGUGGGGUCGCAGGGAGAGGAGCAGCAGAGGUUCGUGAUCCCUGUGAUCUACAUCAAUCACCCGCUCUUCAUGCAGCUCCUCAAAGAAGCCGAGGAAGAGUACGGAUUUGAUCAGAAGGGACCCAUCACCAUUCCUUGCCACGUGGAGGAGUUUCGCACCGUUCAAGGAAUCAUUGAUAAAGAGAAUUCUAUCCAUCAUCACCAUCACCACCAUCAACACCAUAAGCGGUGCUUUAGGGUUUGGUCUUUGCACCCAGAGUAG